UCAGCUUCCAGGCAUCUCUUAUCGAAACAAAACAAUUAAUAACUCCUCAUACAUAACAAUGGCAUCUACAUCCAAUACAGCCCCGCCCCCACCACCGCCGCCUCAAGGAGUAAUAACCAAGAAGACCGCGACCCCAUCAUCUAUUCCAGAACAGCCACUUGUACCACCAACAGGCCCCACUGGUGCAUUUCUAGUCGAACUGUUGAUAUACAAUGGCGCACCCUUCAAAGAUCACUGGGCGUACUACGUAGGCUCGCACGACGAGCUGGACAUUGGCGUGAAGAUUCAUGCCACGGGGGAUGUGAGGAAUGGGUUCAAAUUCGAGGUGAAACGCAGCGAGAACCUUCGUACCAGCGAGGACGUUCCUACUAAGAGGACCCCGCUCCAGUGGGUUGACGAGAAGUAUUUCGAUAAAGAGGGGAUGUUUAAUAAUGGAGUGUACAAGGUUGAUGAUCUUCCUACUUGUGGUUUUGAGGCUAGUGUUUAUAAAGUCAAGGCACCUGCGAAGAGCCUUAAUGCGAUUGAUGAUAAUGAUACAAGAAUAAGGAAUGUUGGGAAGAAAAUUAAGCAACGUGAUUGUCAGACGUGGAUCGUGGAGUCAGCCGCCCAGCUCGUCGAGGACGGUGUCUUCAGCAAGGAAGUUGUGGAUUACCUUCAGGCGGUUAAGCAGUAAUGGCGAUUAUUCAUGGGAUUUAUAGGAUCACGGGAGUAUCUUGCAGAAUCACUGCGAUGUCGAGCCCGAGGACACGGACACUUGCACAAUACACAUAGAAGAUAUAUGGAAGUCGUUCGAGUCUACUUCUUCUAAUAUGCAGUAUGAGUACUGCCAAAGAAGACUGGUUAUUUAUCUUGUAG